GUGAGAAGUGCUGGGAUAAGCAAAGCCAACCAGGUUUCCUCAAGGAAGGCGUCUUGGAGCUCUUCAUAAGCAGUCACACUUUGUGAAUGCUGCGCAGAGAGCAUGGAUACAUCUCCUCCUAAGCAGUGCCUAAGGAAAAUUGCUUUGCUUUGUUUUAUUUUGUGUGGGGUUUGGAGGCUAUUUCAUUUUGUUUGGGUUUUUGCAUGGUAUCUCAGCUCCUGCUCCCUCCCGAGAAGCUUGGCUCUGCACAUGUGCCAAAUGGGCCAGAACAGAGAGCACAGGCAGAUAAGGGUGGCAAGUAGGCACAGCUGGCAGAGGAAAGGGAGCCACCACAGAGAACCCUGCACAGCCCCAAUGAGAGCAGGGGGGCCCCACGAGUCAGAGAUCCUGGCUGCCACAGAGCAGACCUGCCCAUGGCUGUCCCCAGAGGCCUGGCUUCACCCAAGCUCCAGAGGACCCUGCUGCACCUGGGAGGCUGCUCAGGUCCGGGACACCUGGAGGAAGCAUCGCCGCCGCCAGCCUGGAGGCAGCCAUGCGGUGUCCAUCUCGCUGAGGAGGAGGGGCCCAUCCAGCCAGGGCCGUCACGGGGCAGGGCGAUGACCACCACGCUGGAGGACCCAAGUCCAGCCCAGCCUGAAGGGACGAAUGAGCUGAGGGUGAUGUUGGACUCCGUGACACACAGCACCUUCCUGCCCAACCCGUCCUUCUGUGACCCCCUGAUGUCGUGGACAGAUCUGUUCAGCAGUGAGGAGUAUUACCCUGCCUUUGAGCCUCAGACAGCUUGUGACUCCUACUGGACAUCAGUCCACCCUGAGUACUGGACGAAGCGCCAUGUCUGGGAGUGGCUGCAGUUCUGCUGCGAUCAGUACAAGCUGGACACCAACUGCAUCUCCUUCUGCCAUUUCAACAUCAGCGGCCUGCAGCUGUGUAGCAUGACCCAGGAGGAGUUCGUGGAGGCAGCAGGCAUCUGCGGGGAGUACCUGUACUUCAUCCUGCAGAACAUCCGCACGCAAGGUUACUCCUUUUUCAAUGACCCUGAAGAAACCAAGGCCACCAUCAAAGACUAUGCCGAUUCCAACUGCUUGAAAGCCAGCGGCAUCAAAAGUCAAGAUUGCCAGAGCCACAGUCGGACAAGCCUCCAAAGUUCUCAUCUAUGGGAAUUUGUGCGAGACUUGCUUCUAUCUCCUGAAGAAAACUGUGGCAUUCUGGAAUGGGAAGACAGGGAACAAGGUAUUUUUCGGGUGGUUAAAUCAGAAGCCUUGGCAAAGAUGUGGGGACAAAGGAAGAAAAACGACAGGAUGACCUACGAGAAGCUGAGUAGAGCUCUGAGAUAUUACUAUAAAACAGGAAUUUUGGAGCGGGUUGACCGACGGUUAGUGUACAAAUUUGGAAAAAAUGCACACGGCUGGCAGGAAGACAAGCUAUGAUCUGUUCCAAGCAUCGAAUUCAUUUUAUGGAUUUCUGUCUUUGAAAACAAUCAGAUUGUGACAGACAUUUGAAAGUCUUUUUUUUUUUUAAACCUGCAAAUGUGCUGAUAAAAUUUCUCUACAUCUCAGCUUACAUUUGGACUCAGUUGUUGUCUACUUGGGGUGACGGCUGCAGCCCUUCAGAAAUCUCCCUCUCCCCAGGGGAGGAAAGGGAUGGUCUUUUAUGGUAUAUUGAUCUAAUAUUAUUUCCCUAAUCAAAAAUUGCAGAGCCACAACAGCCAAUGUCAUUGGUGCUGCUCCGAGAAAAGAGCUGAUUCUGUCAUUGGACACAUCCGACACCCUUAUCCUGAGCUUCCCACAUGGUCAAGUGGAGGACUGUGGCAGCUCACAAACCAAAAAGAAAUCAUGAUUAGUGUGUAGUUUAUAGCAGGAGAGAGUAAUACAAGACAUACUGUCUUUAGAUUUUAAAUAAUUAAAGUCAAAUCCCAUAGAAAAGUUCCUUUUUUAAAAAAGAUCAGCCAUUCAGCUGGGACAUAACUGGAUUCAGCAUAGGUUCAUAGGAGGUUUCUUGACCACAACCUCUUUUUGACCACUCAGCAAAACUCCCAUGACCACCCUUCUGAAGUACACACUUAAAAUUAACCAGUUAUGAACUGCCACUAAGACUAUUUCCUCUCUUCUAAUGGAAGGCUAGCAUCAGAUAUGCAAAAAGCUAGCCAACAGACAUGCACAACAAGUCUCCAGUCUCUGCUGUCUCUGUGAUUCCAGCCGUCAACAGGAUAAAAUCAUAAUUCGUUGAUUCUGUCUGAAGACAUUAAACCCUUAUAGAACUGGAAACGUCCCAGCGACCUGUGAGUUUCUUUUGUUUUAUCUUCUUACCUGAUGAGUACUCAAGUUCUAAAACACAUUUCCUUGGCAAAAAUAGCAACAGUGACUUUACACCGGUGAACAGUCUUAGGCUAACGUCUGCCCUGACAUUUCCUCACCUUUCACUGGUGUGUAAGUUGUAGUGACCCACAACUAGGUGGCCUGGCCCUGCACCUCAGACUUCAUCGGAGCUGACCAUCAAGUGCUGAGGCACUGAGAACCACAACACAGGCUGCAGACCUGGUUUAAAAAAAAUGUGAAUUACUGUAAAAUAAUCUAUUUUUGGACUCGUGUUUUCCAGGUGGAGAGAGUUUGUAAACAAUGUGAAUAAAAUAUUUAACAUAUCUGUCUCUGUAUUUCUCAGUUCGGUAUGAUAGGCUUGGUUGGCAAAGCAAUCACAACCUAGAUCAAUGUUGAUUUUUUUUUUUUUUUUUUUUUUUUUUUUA